CUUGACUCUCCUGCGAUGGCGUCGACGACGGCGAGCACGGCACCAGACGUGCUCGCAGGUAUCUUCGCGGGACUGAAGAAUAGGAACCCGGAUGUCCGGCUCCAAAGUGCAGUCGAACUCAGACGCUAUGUGGCACGAAGUGCCGUAGACAUACCUGGAGACGACGACAACAUCAGCCGAAGACUCUUCGAGCUCAUCCACUCGCAGAACAGCACAGAUAACAUCGGUGGACUAGUGGCUAUUGACCACCUCAUUGACGCGGAAGGCGAAGUGACCAUCGACUCCUCACACAAUCUAUUCCGAUUCUAUAACUACGUCAAACACCUCCUCCCCAAUCCAGAUGCGUCGCUGAUUCUCGCGGCAUCCAAAACCCUUGGUCACAUCCUCGCCGUCGGCGGGCCAGCGUUCGGAGAGAGCUUCAUGGAGCACCAAGUGCCCGCUGCGAUUGCGCUGACCACAUCGACACACAGCGGUGGGGACAAACACGACUCUUUGGGCAUGGCGCGAUACGCUGGGGCACUGAUCCUCAAGGAACUCGCACUGAACAUGCCCGCACAAUUCGUGCCCCACCUUCCGAACGUCCUCGACCACGCAGUUCUGGCGCCGUUACGCGACCCGCGACUGGUCGUGCGUGAAGCUGCGGCGGAGCUCCUUGCGGCGUGUUUGGAGAUUGGAGCACAGCGCGAGCGUGCAGGCGCGCCACAGACCAGCGCGUACUUGGCCAAGAUCUUGGCGGAUGCACAGGCUGGAUUGAGGAUGACGCAGCCGGAAGUGAUCCACGGGAGUUUGUUGACGUAUCGUGAGCUCCUGCUGCAUGCCGGCGGGUUCCUAAAAGAGUCGUUCCCAGACACCGCCGAAUCUAUCCUGGCGUUCCGGACCCAUCGAGACCCCGCUGUUCGGCGAAUGGUGGUCGCGAUGAUUCCGACCCUCGCAAGCUACAACACACCCGCUUUCAAGGAACACAUCUUACACAAGGCCAUGGGUCAUUUGUUGACUUUGAUUGCCAUCGGACACACCGCAACCUCAGUGGGAGCUGACAUGCGACAAUUUCUAGACACGAUCAUGAGUCAUAUCAAGGCUCGACUCAAGGAGAAUGCAGCAGCGGCAGCCAGCAGCGGGAAAAGCAGGCCGGUGGCACCUCCCUCACCCGAUCCAUUACUAGCUGCUUUGGGGUUACUAGCAGCGGCAGUUGGGCCGACCCUGACGAUUCUGCUACAUGAUCACCUGCACCUGCUAUUUGCAGCGGGUUUGAGCGAGAGCCUAAGGGUGUGUUUGGCUCAAAUCGCACGUUCCAUUCCACCGCUUCUCGGAGUCGUACAAGAGCGACUGCUAGAUCUUCUGUCCCACAUUCUAAGUGGGACCCCAUACACGCGGCUUGGAGCACCGCCAUUACAGACCAGUGCGAGUGGCUCCGGACAGACCAAUGGGACGUCAUCGGGUGCAGGAAGCGUGCCUCCGCCCAGUAAAGAACUGCUCACUCUAGCAUUAAACACGCUGGGGAGCUUCGAUUUCGGCGGACACAUCCUCACCGAGUUCGCUCAAGCCAAUGCGCUUCCGUAUGUAGAGGACGAUGCACCCGAAGUUCGUCGCGCAGCAGCACUGGCCUGCUGUAGGCUGUUUGGUGGCGGCCCAGGAACAUCUUACGGAUAUCCCUACGGGCGAGGGAGCCAUCAUCAUUCUCAUCACCACCAUCAUUCUGCGACAGAAAGCGCUGGAGCUGCCGCUGACCUGUAUGCGUUGACAAUGCAUGGAUCAACCUCCGGGUCUGGCAUCAACAGUGUGGGCUACAACUAUGGGAUGAGUCUAGCAGGGAUCGGUGCUGGUGCUGGUAUGGGCACUGGGCUGAAUACUAUGGACGCCGGUGGAGUCGGUGACCAGACGAGUGCUCAUGCUGUGGAGGUGGUCAGUGACGUGCUGGGCAAGUUGUUGACUGUGGGUAUCGCUGAUCCUGAUCCAUCCAUCAGAAACAUUGUUCUGAGCUCCUUGAGCGAGCAAUUCGACCGUCAUCUAUCUCAGGCAGAGAAUGUUCGCUGUUUGUUCAUUGCCCUCAACGAUGAGGUGUUCGAAAACCGGAUGACGGCUGCUGCUUUGAUUGGAAGAAUGGCCAAGCAUAACCCGGCUUAUGUGAUGCCGUCGUUGCGCAAGACUUUGGUGCAGCUCUUGACUGAACUGGAGUACUCAAACGUCGCUGUCAAUCGAGAGGAAUCGACACGUCUGUUGACAAUUCUCGUCAAAAGCACCGAACGAUUGAUCAAGCCAUACGCGCUACCGAUGUUCAGCGUCCUUUUGGAGAAGAUCAAGUCCGCUCAGGCCGGAGGAGUCUCAGCGAGCACCUUACUCUGCAUCGGGGCUCUCGCCAGUGUCGCGGGCGAAGAUGCGCGCGAUUUUCUGCCCGAGUUGAUGCCCACCCUCGUUGCAGGACUAGCCGACCCCUCUCUCGUGAAACGUGAAGCUGCCUUGAGCUCGCUAGGGCGUGUUUGCUCCAGUAGCGGCUACGUCAUCACACCCUUGAUUGACUACCCUACGCUCUUACCGACUUUGGGAAGGCUGUUGAGGGCGGAUGUGGGUGGACAAACCGGCCAAGUCGAAGCAGUGAAGCGAGAGGUUGUGCGAGUGAUGGGUGUCUUGGGUGCCAUGGAUCCCUAUCGGCGCAAGACCGGAACUGAUGCUGAGGCCAGCACAGAGAUUGCUCUGAACAAAGUGCCACUGACGAUAGCAAGCACCAGUUCAUCGACGGACGAUUACUUCCAAUCGGUCGUCGUCGCUGCAUUGGUCCGAGUUCUCAAGGAUCCAGCGUCCAGCUCUCAGCAUCAUACCGUGAUCGAGGCAAUCAUGUCUAAUUUCAAGACUCAGGGGCUCAAGUGUGUCAGCUCCCUACCAGAAAUCAUGCCUGCGUUUAUCGCAGUGACACAAACAUCUACCCCACGAUUGCAAGAGUUCCAUCUACAGCAGCUCGCCAUUCUUAUCGGUAUCAUCAAACAGCACGUGAGAAACCACGCUGCCGACGUGCUCGGGCUUGUGACUGAGCUGUGGGACAACUCGACGCUGCAGACUCCGAUCGUGGUCCUCAUCGAAGCCGUCGGCCGAGCGCUAACAGCCGAAAUCAAACCCUUCCUGCCGGCCAUCCUGCCGCUGCUGCUAAAAGUGUUCCAGGUGGAAGGCGAGCUGAGCGAGAAGCGGAUGAGCACCCAGCUCAAGAUCUUCGAUGCUUUCCAGACGUUUGGAGCCAAUAUCGAGGAAUAUCUGCAUCUCGUUGUGCCCAUCAUCAUGCGCACCGCGGAGUCUAAUUUUGGGAGCAUCAGCCUUCGACGAAAAGCGAUUGUGACCAUCGACAGGCUGUCGAAGGUGGUCAACUUUUCGGACCAUGCGAGCCGUAUCGUGCAUCCUUUGAUGCGUAUCCUGGAAAGGGCACCAAGCGAGUUAAGAGUUGCUGUCUUGGACACGUUGUGCUCUCUGAUCGCCCAACUGGGUUCCGAUUUUGUUAUCUUUGUGCCUACAAUAAACAAGUGUUUGCUCCGGCACCCGAUUCAACAUGCUGUCUACGACCGGGCCGUGAACCAGCUAUUGAACGGCGAGCGAGUGGUACAGGAACCGAGUACUUCGCAGAUCAACGAGCCUAAGGUUUCGGAAUUCGCUGUGGCCGAGCCAGCAAAGCUCGCUGUCAACCAAGUGCAUCUGAAACAAGCUUGGGAGACGGCCCAGAUCACAGCUCGCCAAGACUGGAUCGACUGGAUCCAUCGACUUGGUGUCGAGCUGAUUAAAGAGUCGCCCUCCCAUGCCUUGAGAGCUUGCGUGAAUCUUGUCGAGACGAAUACGGUGCUGGAAAAGGAGUUGUUCAACCCGGCGUUCUACAGCUGUUGGAGCGAAUUGUAUGAGCAGUAUCAGGACCAUCUCGUUCGCGCGAUUGAGAUUGCUAUUACCUCGCCCUUUGCACCCUCCGAAGUCAUCCGUCGACUGCUCGACCUCUGUGAAUUUAUGGAACACGAAGAAAAGCCACUUCCGAUCGACCACAGCAUGCUGGGCGAGUACUCGAUGAAGUUCCUCGCCUAUGCCAAGGCACUGCAUUAUAAAGAGCUCGAGUUCUUCAGCAAUCCGUCGCCCGCCAUCCUCGAGUCGCUUAUCUCCAUCAACACUCGUUUGCAACAGCACGACUCGGCGUCCGGCGCGUUGUUGACCGCACGCGAGCAGUAUGACGUCACCAAUACCGAGGAGUGGUACGAGCGACUUGGUCGGUGGCAGGAGGCGUUGACGGUGUACGACGAAAAGGCCGAAUCGGAUCCCAAUUCGAUCGAUGUGCAGAUUGGAAGGAUGCGGUGUCUGCAUGCGCUGGGAGAAUGGGAACACCUGGCGGCCGAGGUUGAUGAAAGAUGGCCACAUGCGAACCACGAGGAGCGAAGGGCUAUCGCGCCGAUGGCGGCUGCGGCUGCUUGGUCCCUGAACGAAUGGGACUCGAUGGACGCCUACAUCGCUACGAUGCGCUCAGAUUCGCCGGAUCGGUUCUUCUACCGGGCGAUCUUGUCGGUGCAUCACAAUCAGUUCCACAAGGCGCAGAGCCAUAUCGGCAAAGCGAGAGAAUUGUUGCAUCCGGAACUGACUUCGUUUGCGGGGAAUGCUUAUGCGAGGUAUUACAAUGUCAUGGUCCGAGCACAGAUGCUUUCAGAGCUCGAGGAGGUCAUCCAGUACAAGCAAUGCUCGGACCAACCCGAGCGACGUCAGACCAUGCGCAGCACCUGGAUGAAGCGGCUGCAGGGUUGCCAACCCGAUGUCGAAGUGUGGCAGCGGAUCCUGCAAGUCCGCACGCUCAUUCUGAGCCCCGAAGACGACCCCACGGCUUUCAUCAAGUUUGCCAACCUGUGCCGCAAGUCGGAUCGGAUGGCUUUGGCGGAGAAGACGAUCAGCUCUUUGCUGUCGCCGGAGAGCACCAGGAUCCUCGAGUACCCCCAUCAGCACACCCAAGCACCCCCGAACGUUGUCUAUGCCCAGCUCAAGUAUAUGUGGGCGCAAGGAUCCCGGGAGACGUGCCUUGCGGAGCUUCGGCAGUUCACAGUCAGCCUCGCGAAGGACUUUGAUGUCGAGUCGCAGGACCAAGCGCAUCGGAAUAGUGUGGGGAUGCCCAAACAGCGGUUGAACGAGCUGAGUAGGCUGCUUGCGAGGUGUUACUUCAAGCAGGGUGAAUGGCAGGUUGCAUUGGACGAGAACUGGUACCGGGAACCGAACGGCUUGAAGGAUGUUCUGCAGUCGUAUUUCUAUGCGACCAAUUACGACAAGUGCUGGUACAAGGCAUGGCACACCUGGGCGAUGGCCAACUUCAACGUCGUCAGUCAAAUGGACAAUGCCCAGGUCGAAGGCAGGACGCGUGACAUAUCAACUGAGCGACUCGCAUCGCACGUGGUGCAAUCCGUGGACGGGUUCUUCCGGUCCAUUGCACUGCGCAGCGAGGACGCACUGCAAGACACCCUGCGGUUAUUGACGCUUUGGUUCAAGUACGGGGCGCACGAGGAUAUCUCGCACUCGAUCGCGUCUGGGUUCUCGAUGGUCAAGAUCGACACGUGGUUGCCCGUGAUUCCGCAGAUUAUCGCGCGGAUCCAGACCCCGCACGCGAGCAUCCGGAGGAACAUCAACGCGCUGCUGACGGAAGUGGGCAAACACCACCCACAGGCGCUGAUCUACCCGUUGACGGUGGCGUCCAAGUCGCCGAGCGAGUCGCGGAAGAAUGCGGCGCUGGCGAUCAUGGACCGCAUGGGCGAACACAGCUCGAAGAUCGUCGAGCAGGCGAGUGUGGUCAGUCGCGAGCUGAUCCGCGUGGCCAUCUUGUGGCAUGAGCUAUGGCAUGAGGGGCUGGAGGAGGCCUCGCGGAUGUACUACACGCUCAUGAAUCCAGCGGGGAUGCUUGCGAUUCUGGAGCCGCUGCACCAGAUUCUGGACGCUGGACCGCAAACUGUUCGCGAGACGUCUUUUGCCCAGGUAUUCGGGACGGAGCUGAGGCAUGCUCGGGAUGCAUGCAGACGGUAUCGUCAAUUUGGUGAGACUCGGGAGCUCGAUAAUGCAUGGGGCAUCUACCUUGCUGUGUUCCACAAGAUCGAGAAGCAGCUGCCGCAGCUGACGGCGUUGGACUUGCAGUAUGUGUCACCAGAACUGCUCCAGGCGAAGAACCUGGAUCUGGCUGUUCCCGGAACAUAUCAAAGCGGACGGGAGAUUGUCUAUAUCUCGAGCUUCGCACCUCGCCUGACUGUGAUCAACUCGAAGCAACGGCCGCGGAGAAUGCAUCUGACGGGCAGCGACGGCGUCGACUACCACUAUAUCCUCAAGGGCCACGAGGAUCUGCGGCAGGACGAACGGGUGAUGCAGUUCUUCACGCUGGUGAACACGGUGCUCUCGGUCGACACGGACAGUUUCAAGCGACAGCUCAACGUGCAUCGCUACGCUGUGAUCCCGCUCGCGCCGAACGUGGGGCUUAUUGGUGUCAUCAAGGAGAGCGACACGUUGCAUGAGCUCGUCCGGGACUACAGGAACUCGAUCAAGCUGCUGCUGAAUAUCGAGUAUCGGUUGAUGCUGCAGAUGGCUCCCGACUACGAAGACCUGCCGCUGCUGAACAAGAUCGAAGUGUUCGAGUAUGCGAUGGACAACACCUCGGGCCAGGACCUGUACAAGAUCCUCUGGCUGAAGAGUGCCAACUCGGAGCACUGGCUCGAGCGGCGGGCAUGCUACACGCGCUCUCUCGCGGUGACGAGCAUGGCGGGGCACAUUCUCGGGCUGGGCGACCGACACCCGUCGAACAUCAUGCUCGAGCGGCCGACAGGCAAGGUCGCGCACAUCGAUUUCGGGGACUGUUUCGAGGUCGCGAUGCACCGCGACAAGUUCCCGGAGAAGAUCCCGUUCCGGCUGACGCGCAUGCUGACGCAUGCGAUGGAGGUCAGCGGGAUCGAAGGCUCGUUUAGGCGGACGUGCGAGAUUUCGAUGCGCGUGCUGAGAGAGAACAAGGAGUCGUUGAUGGCUGUGCUGGAGGCGUUUGUGUACGACCCGCUGAUCAACUGGCGGUUGAUGCAAGCGGAGGCGGUGAAUGAACCGGGAGCGUCUGCUGGCCGACCGGGGAACCUGGAUUGGGUGUCCGCGCGACCGCAAGGGAUCACGCGGCACCUGCGGACGAACGAAAACGACAUUUUUAACGAGACGGGCGAGCAGGAGGUGCGCAACAAGCAGGCGCUGCAGGUGUUCAACCGCGUGCAGCACAAGCUGACGGGCCGCGAUUUCAACGAGGAGGUCGCGCUGUCGGUGCCGGACCAGGUGCAGAUGCUCAUCCAGCAGGCGAUGUCGCUGGAGAAUCUGUGCCAGUGCUUUGCGGGCUGGUGUGCGUUCUGGUGAAAACACUAACUUAUCUACUUGCACUGUAUAUAUGUAUAGCAUGUCAUUCGGACAGUUGUGGACUGCUCAUAUCCGAUGCGAUGAUGCCACAAACACGCCC